CAGUAAAAUCAUCCAGUCAAUCACGUGACGUCUAUGGGACGUAUCAAAGGUAAAAUGAAUCCGUUAUUAUUAGGUGUCCAUUAAACACUCCCCCCACGAUCUGUCGCCAGACCAGUGGAUAGACGAACCUCGCCGGACGACACCAACUCAACUAAUUCCAACUACAUUUGCCGCCAUGGAGCCAGACUGGGACUUGAUCCUCGAACUGAUCGACGAGGAUUUAGGUCCCAAAAUCUCGCCGGAAAUUGGCCCCCGUCGUCGGUUCGAAGACUGCAUCUACCACGGGGAACAGAUAAUGGCGCCUUUCAAUCAUCUGGCCCCUCCCCAAACAGUAAUACCCCCAAUGGCGCCCGUCAAUCAUCUGGUCCCUCCGCCACAAACAGUGAGACCCUCAAUGGCGCCCGUCAAUCAGCUGCCGCCACCUCCACCGACAGUCAGCUGUGUUCCUAUGGCGAUGCAGCCGGAGGUCAUGGGCCAAAAUCCUGUCGGAGUCAUGUGUAGCAACGGUCAGCUGUUGUUCAAGAUGGAACCUGGAGAGGAACCCGACACCUUCUUCACCAACCCUCCUCCAAACUCUUCAAAGAGAAAGAGGAGGACAGGGAACAACGACGACAGGCCUUACAUCAAGAAGCCUCCAAACGCCUUCAUGCUGUUCAUGAAGGAGCAGCGUCCCACCGUCAAGGCCAAGUUCCUCAACAAGGACAGCGCCACCGUCAACAAAGUCCUUGACUAGAGAGAGUAGAAUAAUAGUUAAUAAUGUUAGAAACAUGAGACUAGACAACUUGUUAAUAAUGUUAGAAACAUGGGACUAGACUACUACUUAAUAAUGUUAGAAACAUGAGACUCGAAAACCUGUUAAUAAUGUUAGAAACAUGGGAUUAGACUUCUAGUUAAUAAUGUUAGAAAUAUUAGACUAUACGACUAGUUAAUAAUGCUAGAAACAUGAGACUAGAAUACUAGUUAAUAAUGUUAGUGACAUGAGACUAGACUACUAGUUCAUAAUGUUAGAAACAUGAGACUAGACUAAUAGUUAAUGUUAGAAACAUGAUACUAGACUACAAGUUAAUGAUGCUAGAAACAUGAUACUAGACUACUAGUUAAUAAUGUUAGAAACAUUGCACUAGACUACUAGUUAAUAAUGUUUUAAGCUUGGGACUAGACUACUAGCUAAUGUUAGAAACAUGGGACUAGAUGACUAGUUAAUAAUGUUAGAAACAUUAGACUAGACUACUGGUUAAUGUUAGAAACUUGGGACUAGACUACUAGUAAAUAAUGUUCAAAACAUGGGACUAGACUACUAGUUAAUAAUGUUAGAAACAUGAGACAAGACUGCUAGUUAAUAAUGUUAGUAACAUGAUAGACUACUAGUUAAUCAUUUUAGACACAUGAGACUAGACUACUAAUUAAUAAUGUUAGAAACAUGAUACUAGACUACAAGUUAAUACUGCUAGAAACAUGAGAUGAGACUACUAGUUAAUCAUCUUAGUGACAUGAGACUAGACUACUAAAUGUUAGUGACAUGAGACUAGACUUCUAGUUAAUAAUGUUAGAAACAUGAUACUAGACUACGAGUUAAUAAUGUUAGAAAUAUUAGACUAUACGACUAGUUAAUAAUGCUAGACACAUGAGGCUAGACUACUAGUUAAUAAUGCUAGACACAUGAGACUAGACUAAUAGUUAAUAAUGUUAGUGACAUGAGACUAGACUACUAGUUCAUAAUGUUAGAAACAUGAGACUAGACUAAUAGUUAAUGUUAGAAACAUGAUACUAGACUACAAGUUAAUGAUGCUAGAAACGUGAAACUAGACUACUAGUUAAUAAUGUUAGAAACAUUACACUAGACUACUAGUUAAUAAUGUUUGAAACUUGGGACUAGACUACUAGCUAAUGUUAGAAACAUGGGACUAGAUGACUAGUUAAUAAUGUUAGAAACAUUAGACUAGACUACUGGUUAAUGUUAGAAACUUGGGACUAGACUACUAGUAAAUAAUGUUCAAAACAUGAGACUAGACUACUAGUUAAUCAUCUUAGUGACAUGAGACUAGACUACUAAAUGUUAGUGACAUGAGACUAGACUUCUAGUUAAUAAUGUUAGGAAUAUUAGACUAUACGACUAGUUAAUAAUGCUAGAAACAUGAGACUAGACUACUAGUUAAUAAUGUUAGUGACAUGAGACUAGACUACUAGUUCAUAAUGUUAGAAACAUGAGACUAGACUAAUAGUUAAUAAUGUUAGUGACAUGAGACUAGACUACUAGUUCAUAAUGUUAGAAACAUGAGACUAGACUAAUAGUUAAUGUUAGAAACAAGAUACUAGACUACAAGUUAAUGAUGCUAGAAACAUGAGACUAGACUACUAGUUAAUGUUAGAAACAUUACACUUGACUACUAGUUAAUAAUGUUUGAAACUUGGGACUAGACUACUAGCUAAUGUUAGAAACAUGGGACUAGAUGACUAGUUAAUAAUGUUAGAAACAUUAAACUAGACUACUGGUUAAUGAUAGAAACU